AUGGAGUCCUCCUCUAAGAAACUUUCUGCCCUCUUUUUUGUUUCAGUCUUCUUGGUUUCGUCCGCAGCUCAUCGUCUUGAUUGUGGAAGUUGUGACAACUCUGAACCACCCGUCACCUACCUACCACUCUCCUUCGCACAGGUUGUCAAACCACCGGUGGCCUCCCCACCGAUCGUCACCCCGGCAGUCCCCACACCAUCAGUCGGAACCCCACCGGUUGCCUCCCCACCAAUAGUCACCCCACCUGUUGCCUCCCCAUCACUUGCUACACCGCCUGUCGCCUCCCCCACAAUUGCCAUCCCUCCGGUUGCCUUCCCUCCAAUUGCCUCAGCCCCAGGCACCCCACCAGCGACAUGCCCGAUUGACACCAUAAAACUUGGAGCUUGUGUGGACCUUCUAGGAGGAUUAAUCCACAUUGGAUUGGGUGACCCUGCCGAGAACAAAUGCUGCUCGGUUCUAGCCGGGUUAGCAGAGGUAGAAGCUGCAGUUUGCUUGUGCACAACCCUAAAGGUCAAUCUGUUGAACCUCAAUAUUUAUCUGCCAAUUGCUCUUGAGCUGCUUGCUACUUGUGGCAAGUCCCCACCUCCUGGCUAUACUUGCUCUAUCUAAAUUAUGAAGGUCCCUACUCAGGGCUAAGCUGAGGGAGCCAU